AUGACUACAACUCAAUUCAUUUCUUAAAUAUUCCUAGAAGAUCCAUAGACAGAUUUUAUCGACCUUUCAGGAUAAGACAUUCAAGAUUUUCAAGAAAUAUAUGAGCAUCUCGUUAAGUUCCAUAAUUUGAAAGAAUUGAAUUUAAGUGAUAAUGAACUUACUGGGCUCCCUUCUGAUUUAUCUGGCCUUUAGCAGUUAUCAAAUCUCAAUCUCAAUGGAAAUAGCUUUGAAGAUUUCAAAUAAACUGUAUAUGCGCUUAAAACUUUGCCACAGCUAUCAAGCCUUUUCAUUAAUCUUCAUCAAGAGGAUUAAGUUGACCUUAUUAUGAGAUCCUUGUCUGACCUAGAGUUUUUAAAUGGUCUUAAAGUCGAGAGAGAGAUCUUAGAAGAGGAAGGAGAGUAUGAUGAAGAUGACGGAAGUUUAAGAAAAAGUAACUCACCUGUUAAAGAGUAGCCUAGUGAGGAAGACUUGGAAGAUGAGGAAUAUGGUCAUAGCGUUAAUAGAUAAUCCUCACCAGGAAAUCAAAAAUAGAACAAUAAUGUUUCAAAGAAUAAUGUAAAUCAAAACGACAGCAAUUUAAUGAUGGGAGAGAGCAGCAGAAGCUUACAUGCUGAAAACUCACUAGCUACAUUAGAAGCACAUAAAGAUAAGAUUCUAGAUUUAGAUCCGGAAGAUUUAGAGCAAAUAGCACUUCUUUAUGAUAACAUUAGAUAUCUAAGAAGAAAAAAUGCUUAGAUGAAAGGCAAUAGUGAUAGAUAACUAGCUUCAGAUUUUGAUGAGCAUUUGAAAUUGACAAUGAACUAACUUACAAAUGAAAUAAGGAAAUCUAAUACACCAGGAAAUCAAAAUAAUAAAACCACUCACAUUCUAAAUGCUAAGAAACGACUUAUCGAUAUUAUCGUGAAUAAAUAUAGUGAAUACUUGACUUAAACAGAUUCAAAAUUAGCAGGGGAUGUGCUUUCUGAAGUAGCAAGAUAAUAUGUUCAAUUAGUUGAUUAAACAAUUCAUUCACUAAGCCUGUCAAACUAAGUAUAAAAGGCUGAUGAUUCUUAAUUGAAGAGGAUUAUCUAAGAAAAAGAUUAAAACUUAUAGGAUAUGACAAAAGAAGCUGAGCGACUUAACCAUGAACUUAUCAAUCAGAUUGAUGCAAAUGAUUAAAUUUAAAAGAGAUAUAGUUAGUAAAAUGAAGAGCUUAAGAAGAAAAUAACCCAAUUAGAAAACGAAAAUAAAUAAUUAAAGUAAAAACAAAUCUAGUAGCAAUAAACAAUGCAAUAGCAAUAGUAAAGAAUAAUGCAACAACAGAAUGAAAACUAGGAGCCUCCACAGAGCUCAUUUAGAGGUAGCCAGGCAAAUACUCUAAAUAAUUAGCAAAAUAAAUCCUAAUCAAGAUUAAAUACAGCUCAUUCAUAGCAAUAGCAAACUCAGAGACCUUAAAGCAAGUAACAGCCAACUACUGUCGCUUAACCUUAGAAAAAGAAACUGGCUGGGCCUAUUGGAGUUACUUAGCAAAGAGUUCUUACUUUGAAACAACUUAAAGACACCAUUCAAGAUAUGUAUACUCAAAAAGUAAAGUUUGAUAAAAAGUGUGAAGAGAAUAAAAUGGCUCGCGAAACAAUGGAGUAAUAUAUGUAUACUUAUCUGAACUAAAGAUAUGGUUUAAAAAAUCUAAUCAUUGAAUGGGCAGCAGCCUUAAUAAAUGGAAUUAAAACAUACCUAAGGGAGGAUCAUGAUGUAGCACUUUUUGGAAAAAUACUAAAGAAUGAAUGUGAUGAAGAAUUCAGAUUUAUUCAAAUGCAUGUAAAGGAUACUUUGCUAUCCUUAUUAAAAGUAUUACUAAAGGAUAAAAAUCCAUUUAAGUCAGAAAGCGAAAUAAGCAAAAUGCUUGAUAUAGUCCAAAAUGGCUCAAUGGAAGAAUGGAUGUGGAGAAAAAUUAUUGAGAAAAUGUAUGAUCCCAAGGAUUAUGAAGUGCUAGAGAGUAAAUUCUUAUAAAUAGUUGAUGAGAGAAGGACCAUGAAUAAAAGUAGGCUUGGAGGAACUUCAAAUAACAUGAGUAAAUUCUUGGUUGAUAGCGUUGUACAAGCUCAAAUAUUAGCUGGUAAUAAGAAAAUGACAAGAGAAGAAAUGAAUUAAAUGAUGCAAUAGAGAGAAAUGGAAAAGCUUACCUAUCAUGAUUUCCAAAAAACAAUCUUAGAUUUCCAACUGCAAGAACAUGAAAAAUUCUUGUAUAGAUUCACAUAGUUAUACAAAGAGGUAGAUGCAGAUAAUAACGGUAUUAUCAAUGAAGAUGAAUUCAGGGAACUCAUGGCUAAAAUGACUGUUAUUGAAAGAGAAGAUGAGGUCUAGUAUUUACUUUAAUUAGUAGAUCCCUAUAAUAACUAAAGAAUGACAUUUAGUGAAAUAGUUCAUCUUCUAUCUAGCCAUAUGGUACCAAUAGAUGAAUCUAACCCAACUCAAACUAUACCUCUACUUGAAAAGUUUGUGAAUAAAGUAGGUGUAAAUUUCUAGGAUUUAGAGUUAGAAAUGCAGCAGAGAUAAGAUCUAGAAAAUUAUUAAAACGAAUAGAAUAAUCAUCAAAAUUUAAAUGAUGAGGAUGAAGAUGUUGACUAUGGACACAAUGCAGCUUAUUGA